CCUCUGCCGGUGCUCGCGCCUGCACCCACUGUUGGUGCCGCUCAGUUCCGGGGGGGGGAACACCCCCGGGCGGGGCCGGUGACCGGAGACGGGCGGCGGCAUCGUCCCAGUGACACCGAGGGUCAGGAUGAUUCCCACCCCAAAGCAUCCCCAAGGUGUCUCUCCAGAUGCUGGCAUCACUGGUGCACGCCCGGUGCACUGAGCCCCCCCCAUCUCAGCAUCCACCCAGGCCAGCACCCUGGGGUGCCCCCCCCGUGGCCCCCAUCCCCACCAUGACACCGGAGCUGGGUGCUGAGGUGCUGCUGGACCUGAGCUUCCUGACGGAGGAGGAGCACUGUGCCAUCGCCGAGGUGCUGCGGCGGGACUGGCUGCUGCGCCGGCGCGAGGAGGGGCGCAUCAGCGAGCUCCGCAAGUCGGUGUCGGACGCGGCGCGGCUGCGGACCCUCACUGGGGACUGGUUCUGUGAUGCCCGCGCCCAGCGCCACCGGCACCAUCAUCUGGGCUCCGACCUCGUCCGUGCCUCCAUCCGGCGCAGGAGGCGGCCCCGAGGAGCAGGGGAGCCAGAGCGUGUCCCCAGCCUGGAGGCUAUCGCCGAGCCACUGGUGGAGGAGAAAGAGGAUGAGGAUGGUGUGGGGGAGCCAGAGGAGAGGCCCCUCACAGACGUGCAGGCAGCAGCAGCACCCCAGCCCAGCCCCACGGCCCCGGUUCUGGAAGGGACCCCACAGCCCCUGCGGCAGGGUGACAUCCUGGAGAGGGAGCAGGGCACUCCGGCCCAGACAGGUGACACAGUCAAUGGGAGCCCCUUGGGCAUGUCCAGCACAGAGGAAGAUGAGGAGGAGCCCAACUUUGCACGCAAUGGCCUUGAUGCUGGGCAGGGGCUGGGGACCCCCCCGAUGGUGUUCCCAGGCCUCAUGUCCCCACAGAACAGCCGCGCACCACCGAGCAGCCUCCUGACCACCAGCUCUUCAGUGUCCAGCCUCAGCUCCUCCACGCUCAGCAGCAGCCUGAUGAGCCUGUACAGCGAGAGUGAGCUGGGCAGGGUGGCCGUGAGGGGCUGUGUCCAGUUCUCCCUCUGCUACGACCCGGCCAAGAAGGAGCUGCAGGUCCAUGUGCUGCGGUGCCGUGAGCUGGCCGAGGCCAAGAAGCAGCGGUCGGACCCGUAUAUCAAGACGUACCUGCUGCCGGAUAAGUCCAACCGCAGCAAGCGCAAGACCACGGUGCGAAAGAGGAGCUUGGAUCCCAUCUUCAAUGAGACCCUCAAGUACAAACUGGAGAAGAGGGACCUGCAGGGCCGGGCCCUGAACCUCUCAGUGUGGCACCACGACAGCCUGGGCAGGAACCUCUUCCUGGGAGAGGUGGAAAUCGCACUGGGCACCUGGGACUGGGACAACACAGGCCCUGAGUGGUUCAGCCUCCAGCCCCGGAUGCCCAUCCCCUCAGAUGGCCUUGCCAGCCGGGGCAGCCUCAACUUGGCACUGAAGUUCAUCCCUGCCGGCUUGGAAGGCGGGGGGCUGCCACCCACAGGCGAGCUGCACAUCUGGGUGAAGGACGCUCAGAGCCUCAUCCCCCUGCAGAGCGGCUCCGUGGAUGCCUUUGUGCAGUGCUAUGUGCUGCCAGAUGACUCCAAGGCGAGUCGGCAGAAGACGCGGGUGGUGAAGCGGAGCCUCAACCCUCUCUUUAACCACACCAUGGUGUACGACGGCUUCCAAGCCAAGGACCUGGCUGAGGCGUGUGCUGAGUUCACCCUUUGGCACCAUGAAGCCUUUUCCAAGCGCCAGCUUGGUGGCAUCCGGCUCAGCCUGGGCACUGGGAGCAGCUAUGGGCUACCGGUGGGCUGGAUGGACUCAACAGCAGAGGAGCGGGGGGUGUGGGGCCGCCUGCUCCAGCAGCCCGGGCAGUGGGUCGAAGCUCUCCUACCCCUCCGGACCAACCUUGUCCCCCGGGCAUAGGCUCCAGCCCCCCAGGGACUGCGGGACUCGGGGGGCAGGGACAGGGCUGAGCCAGGAGCAUCACUGCGCAGGGCUGGGCUCUGUGCCCCAUCAGCAACAAUGAAGUGGCACCGGAGGGCGCA